AUGGCUGAAACUCAUAUUUUCUUCAUUUCUAUUUUAUUAUUGGCUUCUUUCAUUUAUCUUUUCAAAUUCCUUAAACAUCAAAACGGAAAAAAUCUACCACCAAGUCCACCUUCUAUCCCAAUAAUUGGUCAUCUUCACCUGAUGAAUGGACAUAUUCAUAGAGUGUUACAAAAUCUUUCUUCCAAGUAUGGUCCUGUAAUGGCUCUACGGUUUGGCUUUCGCCCAGUGCUCAUAAUAUCCUCACCAUCAGCAGCCGAAGAAUGCUUCACCAAAAACGACAUCGUUUUAGCCAAUAGACCACUUCUUGUAACCGGCAAGUAUUUAGACUAUGACCACUCCACAGUUGGUGUUGCACCGUAUGGUCAACUCUGGAGAGACCUUCGUCGCGUUAUGACCCUUGAACUUUUCUCAACAGCCCGACUUAAAUCUUACUUGGGUGUCCGAGAAGAUGAAGUUAGAUCAUUAAUCAAGAAUCUUUAUAAAGAUUGUUUUCAAGAUUUUGCAAAAGUAGAGAUGAGGUCAAGAAUUCAAGCUUUAUCGUUCAACGUUGUCAUGAAAGUAGUUGCUGAUAAACAGUUCUAUGGGACAGGCAUGGAGGACAAUGAGGAGGCUGCUAAAUUUAAGGAUGUGAUGAGGGAUGUUUUUGAAAUCAUUGGGACACCAAAUCCUGGAGAUUUCUUUCCAUUUCUAAGAUGGAUUGAUUUUCAAGGUUUCGAGAAGAGGUUAAAAAAACUGCAAGAUAAAACUGAUAGCUUUUCGCAGAAUCUGAUCGAAGAAAUUCGAGCUAAACGGAGUAGCUCUUCAUCCGAAAAAGGAAACGACAAGACAUUUAUCGAUGCUUUGCUUACUUUGCAGGAAUCGCAGCCUGAUUACUACACUGACAAUAUAAUCAAAGGCAAUAUCUCGACAUUACUACAAGCGGGAACCGACACUUCAUCAGUGACAAUAGAGUGGGCUAUGGCGCUUCUACUGAAUCAUCCUAAUGUAUUAGAGAGAGCUAGAGCAGAGCUUGAUAAUUAUAUCGGACAAGAACGUUUGGUUCAAGAGACGGAUCUUACCAAUCUUCCGUACAUCCAAUGCAUCAUCAGUGAAACACUAAGACUAUUCCCUUCAGCGCCAUUAUUGGUGCCACACGAGUCGUCACAAGAUUGCAUCAUUGGAGGGUUUCAUGUGACCCGUGGCACAAUGGUGUUCGUGAAUGCAUGGGCAAUCCAUAGGGAUCCAAUUGUUUGGAAUGAUCCGUUAAGUUUUAAGCCAGAGAGGUUUGAGACAGGAGGAAAUGAGGGGUAUCGUUUUAUUCCGUUCGGAAUGGGUCGUCGACAAUGUCCCGGGUCAGGUCUUGCAAACCGAGUUGUCGGUUUAGCUUUGGCGUCUUUGAUCCAAUGCUUUGAAUGGGAAAGGGUUGGUGAAGAGUUGGUGGAUUUGUCGGAAGGAAAAGGUCUAACCAUGCCUAAAGAUGAGCCGUUGGAGGCAAUGUGUAGAGCACGACAAAAAAUGAGUCAUCUUGUUAAGGAUCUAUGAGAAUUUGUGUUAUAAUUAAAUGAAAAUUUAAACAAUAUCCUAUUAGUUGUUUGGUCUUAUUUUCCAAAUUAAAUAUAUAUUUUUUUUCUUUGUAUA